GGUCUCGCUGAUCUGUGGUGGGUGUAUAACAAGUGGGGGAGUGUGCUGCAGCCGGUUUUACCGACACAGGCGCGAAGAUCGCUUCUUUGCCUGCUCUGUUUGGCCAUGAAGGCUGAAGAUGAAAAGCUUUUGGCUGGCAAGCCCAGCAGCGCAGUGCUUGCGGACAUACAGGCUGUGAAUGGGCUAAGUGCUGAGCAAUUCUCUGAACUCGUCGACAUUGCCUGCCGCUCGUCAACGGUGUCAGCUCCGUCGUCGGGUGGCAGCGCAAGCGGUAGGCCUGGCAGUGAGACACUGACACUCCUGUUGUCCGAGGCAUCGCGACGUGGCUUGGAUGCCCCUCAGCUCCGCCAGAACCUGGAGAGCCUCGGCCUGGACAGUGCACGUGCGGCUGCGCUAGCUGAUCGCUGGCUGGCGUCUUGUUCUGCUAGACCACAGGUGCGGCCCUGGCAGCUACGGGACGUGGAGUGGCGUUUCGGAGUCACAGUGGCCAGCUCAUCACAGGAGCCGCGAGGCAGCUUUGUGCAGCUUCGUUUGGCCCUGGCAAAUGGACAGGACGUGCACGUUGAAAUGAACCUGGCUCAGUUCUACUCAUUGUGCCACGAGAUGGAACAGGCCAAACUCACGUUGGAGGCCUUGCGCUGAGAAUCAUUGUACCAAUCAUAUACGUGCUGUAAACCAAACUGAUUUAAGUACAUAAAGCGUAUUGAUUUGUCUCGUGCCCUGUU